CCGCAAAGUACCGUGCCGCAGCACGGCAACCCACACCGCAGAAAAUCCAACGCAAGGCCUCUACCAGACCCCACCAUAUACCAAACCAUCCAUCCCACCUGAGACCUGAGACUAGAGAGUAGAGAGUGGAGAGUAGAGAGCAGAGAGUGUAUAAAGAGUAGUGUGUGUGCGCUCUGACCUUUGUUUUAUUUUUUAUUUUUAUUGUGUGUGGUUCUUAUUAAAAAACGUGCUUAAAUACACAGUAUCCGAGAGAGAAUACAUACUAAAUCAAAAGAGAUACAGUAUCCGCGAAUAAUCAACGAACGAAUCAACCAAAUCAAAAAUCGACAGCCGGAGAAAUGGCCAACAAGCAGAAGCCAAGUGUUAGUGACAGUGGCAGCAGCAGCAGCAGCACCACCACCACCACCAGUGGAGGCGUGGCCUGGGCCACAGCAACGGGCACAGUGCCGAGUUUGGAGAGCAGCAACAGCCGGAAGAGCGCCACAGACUCCACAUCCGCCACAUCCGCCGCCUCCAACUCCGCCUCCACCACCCGCAGCAUCAGCAACAACAACAGUAACAACAGUAACUCCAGCAGCACAUCCGCACCUGCAUCCGCAUCAGUGAGCUGGCCAAUGGGCCGGCUGAGCCAUCAGUUGCGCCACCUGCUCAUCGUGGGACUGCUGCUGUGCCUCACCGGCGGCCUGGUGGAGGGGCGACGUCAUGCCCCGCUCAUGUUCGAGGAGUCCGACACGGGCAGGCGAUCCAAUCGACCAGCGGUCACCGAAUGCCAGUUUGGCAAAGUUCUCCGUGAGUUGGGCUCGACCUGGUAUGCGGAUUUGGGACCACCCUUCGGGGUGAUGUACUGCAUCAAAUGCGAAUGUGUGGCGAUACCCAAGAAGCGCCGCAUCGUUGCACGCGUCCAGUGUCGCAACAUUAAGAACGAAUGCCCGCCGGCCAAGUGCGACGAUCCCAUCUCGCUUCCCGGCAAAUGCUGCAAGACCUGUCCAGGAGAUCGCAAUGAUACGGAUGUGGCCUUGGAUGUGCCAGUGCCCAACGAGGAGGAGGAGCGCAACAUGAAACAUUACGCUGCGCUGCUGACGGGCCGCACAUCUUAUUUCCUCAAGGGUGAGGAAAUGAAGUCCAUGUAUACCACCUACAAUCCGCACAACAUUGUGGCCACCGCCCGUUUCCUGUUCCACAAGAAGAACCUCUACUACUCCUUCUACACAUCGUCGCGCAUCGGACGCCCGCGGGCUAUUCAGUUCGUCGACGAUGCCGGCGUCAUACUCGAGGAGCAUCAGCUGGAGACGACCCUCACGGGCACCCUCAGCGUCUACCAGAAUGCCACGGGGAAGAUCUGCGGCGUGUGGCGCCGCGUGCCCAGGGACUACAAGCGCAUACUGCGCGACGACCGCCUGCAUGUGGUCCUGCUGUGGGGCAACAAGCACCAGUCGGAACUGGCCCUGGCCGGCAAGAUAGCCAAGUACACGGCCCUGCAGACGGAGCUGUUCAGCUCGCUGCUGGAGCCGCCCCAGAGCCUGCCCGGCGGCAAGGUCGAUCCCAUGCUGGCCGGAGCUGGUGGCACGGCCAUUGUGUCGACCAGCAGCGGAGCGGCCUCCUCCAUGCACCUGACGCUGGUCUUCAACGGCAUCUUCGGGUCGGAGGAGUUCGCGGACGCCGCUCUCAGCGUGAAGAUCGAGCUGCCGGAGCGCAAGGAGCUGAUAUUCGACGAGGUGCCGCGCGUGCGUAAGCCCUCGGCCGAGAUCAAUGUGCUGGAGCUCUCCUCGCCCAUCUCCAUCCAGAAUCUCCGCCUGAUGUCCCGCGGCAAGCUGCUGCUCACAAUCGAAUCCAAGAAGUAUCCACAGCUGCGCAUCCAGGGCCACAUUGUGACGCGGGCCAGCUGCGAGAUCUUCCAGACAUUGCUGGCGCCACACAACGCCGAGUCUGCGACCCGGAGCAGCGGCCUGGCCUGGGUCUACCUCAACACGGACGGAUCGCUGGCCUACAACAUCGAGACGGACCACGUGAACACCCGCGACCGCCCCAACAUCAGCCUCGUGGAGGAGCAGGGCAAGCGCAAGGCCAAGCUGGAGGAUCUCACGCCCAGUUUCAACUUCAACCAAGCCAUCGGCAGCGUGGAGAAGCUUGGGCCCAAGGUGCUCGAGUCCCUGUACGUCGGGGAGCUUGGGGUUAACGUGGGCACCGAGCAUGAGGCCAGCCUUAUCCGGGGCCGCCUGGUGCCGCGCCCAGUGGCCGAUGCUCGCGACUCCGCCGAGCCCAUUCUGCUGAAGCGACAGGAGCACUCGGGCGUGGCAGCCGGCAACAAUCAGUCUAGCCAUGCCAUGGGCAUGGCCUGGAUGUCCAUCGACAACGAGUGCAAUCUCCACUACGAGUUGACGCUGAGCGGAGUGCCGCCGCAGGACCUGCAGCUGUAUCUGGAGGAGAAGCCGAUCGAGGCCAUCGGCGCACCGGUGACCCGGAAGCUGCUCGAGGAGUUCAACGGCUCCUACCUCGAGGGCUUCUUCCUGAGCAUGCCCUCCGCGGAGCUGAUCAAGCUGGAGAUGAGCGUCUGCUACCUGGAGCUGCACUCCAAGCACUCCAAGCAGCUCCUGCUGCGCGGCAAGCUGAAGAGCACCAAGGUGCCCGCCCACUGCUUCCCCGUCUACACCGACAACAAUGUGCCCGUGCCCGGCGACCACAACGACAACCACCUGAUCAAUGCGGAGACCAAGUGCUUCCACUCUGGCCGCUUCUACAACGAGUCCGAGCAGUGGCGCAGCGCCCAGGACGCCUGCCAGAUGUGCGCCUGCCUGCGGGGACAGUCCAACUGCGAGGUGAUCAAGUGCCCGGCCCUCAAGUGCCGCCUCUCGGAGCAGCUGCUGCAGCGCGAGGGCGAAUGCUGUCCAAGCUGCGUGCCCAAGCGGGAGACGACCGCCGCCUCGGACUGGACACAGACCCAGGGGUCAUCCUCAUCCGCCUCCGCCUCUGUCUCUGCCUCAUCCUCGCCUGCAGUCAAUGGCAGCGAUGUGCUGCUGCAGCUUCAGCAACAGCGACGCGGCUGCCGGCUAGGUGACCAGUUCCAUGCUGCCGGCGCCAGCUGGCAUCCCUUCCUGCCGCCCAAUGGCUUCGACACCUGCACCACCUGCAGCUGCGACCCCCUGACUCUGGAGAUCCGCUGCCCGCGGCUCGUCUGCCCACCGCUGCAGUGCAGCGAGAAGCUGGCCUACCGCCCGGACAAGAAGGCCUGCUGCAAGGUCUGUCCCGAGGGCAAGCAGAGCAGCCCGGCCGGUGGCAAGGUCGCCCCAAACAAUCCCAAUGUGCUGCAGGAUCAGGCCAUGCAGCGCUCCCCGCAGCACAGUGCUGAGGAUGUCCUGGCUGCCGGUGGCUGCAAGGUGGUCAACAAGGUCUACGAGAACGGUCAGGAGUGGCAUCCCAUACUGAUGUCGCAUGGCGAGCAGAAGUGCAUCAAGUGCCGCUGCAAGGACUCCAAAGUGAACUGCGAUCGGAAGCGCUGCUCGCGAUCCACCUGCCAGCAGCAGACGCGGGUCUCCAGCAAGCGACGCCUCUUCGAGAAGCCCGACUCCGCCCCGGCGCUGGACGAGUGCUGUUCGACGCAGUGCCGUCGCUCGAGGCGUCACCACAAGCGCCAGCCGCACCACCAGCAGCGCUCCAAUGCCGCCGGCUCCAGCAGUUGAGCGCGGAUCCGUUGAGACCAGCGGGAAAGAAGCCGGAAAACGAAGGAUUCUUGGGCUACACACACACUUAGUGCGGUGUGUGCCGAGCCAGAGGCACCUACCAACAAACACACACACACACACACACAUCACAUAUACCCCGAUAAACACAAACAUACACACACACACACACAUACAUACACACACACACACACACACACUUAUGCGGGGUUGCAUAGAUCGUUGUUGUUUUGUGGCAACAAUGGAAACUUGUAUUAUAUAAACGAAUGGGAGAGCGCAGAAAUCCGAAAAUCAGAAAGGAGCGAGAUCAACCAGAAAGCUCCUCCAGAGAUUAGCAGCGAGGGGGAACGAGAGAGUCCUCCCAAGAGAGAAUCUUGCAAGAGAGCUUGCCAGAGAGACGAGAGAUGGAGAGACAGGGGGAAAGAUAAACCAGUGCAGUUUUGCUUUAAAAUUCGCCAGAGCAGAAUUUUUCAUUGAAAAGCAUUUUCCGAAUUUCUUUUACCAAUCCAACCCAACCCAACAGACCCACCUUUCCCACGCCUCAUCGCCUAAAAAAAAAAGAAAAAACAAAACAAAAAAUUAUUAAAAUUCAAUUUUAAAUAUAAUUUAUUACCAAACGAUUCAAGAAAAAGAGUUCGCUUGAAAAUGAAACUGUACUGAGUUU